GUUCACAGUACAGCACAGCGCCUGUGCAGACUUCAGCCCCUGCCACCCAGAAGCUUCAGUUCUCCUUCCCUCUCUCGACCUGUUAUCAAGUCCAAGUUCACUCUGCUUGCCGCCUGACAGCCAUUCACUGAUGGAAGGCUCAGCUUCUCUUCCUGUGAGCUGAACAGAGGUAUUUUAGUUUACCAGUCAGGCAGAGGGGUAGGGUUCUCUGAGGCAGGACUCUAUGUGUGAAUAUAAAACCUGAAGCAACAAAAAGCAAGUCAAAGAAACAGUUCCAUCGUGGAAUCAGAAUUGGCUCUUCCUUCUAAUAGGCCUCUGCUGCCUCCAGACGUGCCCUUGGACCAGUCCGUGCACUGCCGGGCCAAGUCCUGGACCAGGGAUCCCUCCCACCAGAGAAAAAAGGCUCCAAGUCUCUGUCCCCCAGCCCACUGAAGCCAAGAAAGACCAUUGCUGUUCCCACCUUCAUCUGGAUCUCACCCUCCAAGAAUCCAGCAAGAAUGAUACAGGCAACUCUGCUGAUAAGCCUCAGCUGCCUCAGCCUCUGCACCCUCGGCAGUGGUGUCCGCCGUUAUGACCCUGGGCAGGGUAUUACCAUCCAGUACUUGAGCCUGGCUCCAGAUACAUUCGAUGAUGCCUAUGUGGGCUGCUCAGAGGAGAUGGAGGAGAAAGCAGUGCUUCUGUUAGAGAAGGAGAUGGCCAACCAUACUCGGUUGCGGGAGUCCUGGAAGACAGCCCAGAAAGCCUGGGAGCAAAAACGUCAAGGGCUCAUUCUGCCUCCUGGCUUCAGAAGCCAGCACGGAAUCGCCAUCAUAGUCUACACCAACUCAUCCAACACUUUGUACCGGGAGCUGAACCAGGCUGUGCGGACUGGUGGUGGCUCCUGGGAGUCCUACAUGAACCACUUCCCUUUCAAGGCCCUGCAUUUCUACCUGACCCGGGCCCUGCAGCUGCUGCGGGGUGGUGGGGGCUGCAGCAGGGAACCUGGGCAGAUGGUGUUUCGUGGCGUGCGCAGGAUUCACUUUGAACCCAAGAGUGUGGGGGACUCUAUCCGCUUGGGCCAGUUUGCCUCCAGCUCACUGGAUGAGACAGUGGCCCGUGGAUUUGGUAAUGCCACUUUCUUCUCUCUAAGGACUUGCUCUGGAGCCCCCAUCCAGGCCCUGUCUGUCUUUCCUGAGGAGCGUGAGGUGCUGAUCCCCCCAUAUGAAGUCUUCGUGGUGACGGGUUUCUCUAAGGAUGGAAACAAAAGCCUGGUGACUCUCUCCAGCAGUGAUCAGAUGUGCAGCCACUUUAACUGCGCCUAUCUGGGUGAGAAGAAGAGGCUGAGCUGUGAGUCUGUGCCAAUUGGAGGGCAGAGAGACUCACUCUCCAAGAGGGCCUUCUCUCUGCUCUCCUGGAAGACCCUGCUCUUGGCCUCUUGGGGGUUCCAGCUCUUAGGAGCUGGGCUCUGAACAUUCAGUGCCUGCUACUUAGGAGUCCUGGCAACAUGUGACCUCCAGAUGAAGAAGGGAGGCUUCAAAGAGCCUGGAGAAGCAAGAAGGUGGUUUCAGACCCAGACCUAGCAGCCAUGUCUCCAACCAGGAUGUCGGGGAAUUUGAGCCCAUGGUAGGGCUGAGGGAGCCCCGCUUUGUGGUGGGGACCCCGGGAACAAGCAAGGGUAGUGCUGUGAUGGCCACUCCAUUAAACAGUGCUGCAGUGUGAUGACAUCAAA